AUGAGGUACGGUUUAGAUCCCCACUCAACGUCCACGAGGCCCGAAUUGCUCUCGACCCUGACGACCGGUGUGGCUUUCCAGGAUUCAGCGAUCGCAUUCGGCACGGGUGUUAUGGCCGUGACCACCUGCACCUCGCUCAUUGUCUUCCACACUAUGGAUGAUUGGCAGAAGGCGACUUGGUCAGUUUCGCACAGCGAGUACUCACCGAUUUCCGACAAGGUCCACGGCGAAGAUUUGUCGCACGAGAUCUCGGAGGAAAGUCACGGGAACAUCGCGGUCACCCCGAAAGUGGAUUCGGACGACAUUUGGUCUAACGAUGAGCCCGUCUAUGACCCGAACAUUGACGGCGGAUCGUCGGCUUACCACCGGCAGGCUAAACAGCAGGAUCAUGCCCUCUCGUACUGA